GUGGAGGAGAAGACGUGUGGUGACGGCCCUGGUCUGGAGGCCAUGUUAGAGGAUGAUAAACACCUCCUGAACAUCGUCCUCGACAUCAAGCAAUUGCUCCAGUUUGCGUUUGACUCGGCCAGCGUGUACGCGCGCACCUUCGAGAGCUUCCGCGUCUUCUACAGAGAGAAUGAGAGUCUGGACCUGGACGCGCUCAGAGAUCAAGAUCACGGAGUGGCGUUCUUCGCUGAGAGUCUGGAGAAGUACCACGGCGAACAUAAAGAGGCCCUGGCCAUCAAACAGAAGAGACACCUGGGCCUGCUGCUGGUAGACACCACUCUGCUGAAAGAGAAGCUCAUCCCCUCACCACUACGCUGUCUGGAGGCCAUCAAUGACAUGCUCCCCCUGCUGGCCAAGAGAAAGAUCGACGCCAUCAUCGCUGAGGCGCAGGAUGCCCAGUUCAAACUGGAGUUCAUCCCCUCUGCAACUACAGAGUUCGUCAACUCCCUCACCUUCCUAGAGGAGAUACAGGAGCGGAUGGAGUGGUUGGACGAGCAGACGGAGACCGUGUCCCAGAUGUACAAGCUGAUAGACUCCUACUCCGUGCCCAGCCCUCCUGAGGACUUUGCCGUCUACGCCACCCUGAAACCCUCAGUCACCGCCGUACGCAACGCCAUCGACAAGGCCGUGGGAGAGAAGGACGCCAACGUGGACAAGUUCUGUAUCCACCUCCAACGGGACAUCACCGACCUCAACAAGGAGGUCAAGAGGGUCAAACAGCAGGCUCAGAACAAUCAGAUCAUGGACAUCAACGCUGAGCGUCCCAAGGUCCGUCUGCUGCUGGAGGAGGUCCAGGUCUCCAUAGACGAGCUGCAGACCCAGGCCUUCCAGUACAAGUCUUUCCAGAAGAACUUCAAGGUGGAGGUGACUAAGUACGAGGCGUUAGAGGAGCUGAGUGCGGAGGUGAAACUGAAACAGCUGCUGUGGGACUCUCUGGAGGAGUGGGACGCCCUGCAGGCCGGCUGGAUGGAGUGUAAGUUUGAGGAGUUGGACCCAGAGACUCUGAGUGCCCAGGUCAAUAAGUAUGCCAAGUGUGUGAACCAGCUGGAGAAAGGCCUGCCACCCAACAGUGUGGUUCCACGACUCAAAGAGCACGUUGAGGGCAUGAGGGAGAAGCUCCCAGUGAUCACAGACCUGCGUAACCCGUGUCUAAAGGGCAGACACUGGGAGAUUCUGGAGGCCAUCAUAGAGGCCAGUCUCCUGGAGGAACCUCAAACUCUGGCCUCUCUAGAGGAACUCAACAUCUUCAGCUACAGCGAAGCGAUACAGGAGGUGUCAGGACAGGCUUCAGGAGAGGCAUCACUGGAGACCAUCCUUAAAAAGGUUGAGGAUUCCUGGAAGACCACGGAGUUUCCGGUUCUCUCCCACCGGGAGUCUAAAGACCUGUUCAUCCUGGGAGGAACUGAUGACAUUCAGGUGCUGCUGGAUGACAGUACCAUCAACAUGGCCACGGUGGCGUCCUCUCGCUACGUCGGCCCCAUCAAGACCAGAGUAGACGAGUGGCAGAGGCAGCUAAACCUCUUCAGCCAGACACUGGAAGAGUGGCUGACGUGUCAGCGUAACUGGCUGUACCUGGAGAGUAUCUUCAGUGCGCCAGACAUCCAGAGACAGCUUCCUGCUGAGGCCAAGAUGUUCCUCCAGGUGGACAAGUCCUGGAAGGAGAUUAUGAGGAAGGUCAACAGGCUUCCCAAUGCUCUGAGGGCUGCUACACAGCCAGGUCUGCUGGAGAUGUUCCAGAACAACAACGCCCUGCUAGACCAGAUCCAGAAGUGUCUGGAGGCCUACCUGGAGUCCAAGAGAGUCAUCUUCCCCAGGUUCUACUUCCUGUCCAACGAUGAGCUCCUGGAGAUCUUGGCUCAGACCAGGAACCCCCAGGCCGUUCAGCCCCACCUCAGGAAGUGUUUUGAUGCUAUCGCCCGCCUGGAGUUCGCCCUGCUGCCCCCUCCGCCCCCCGGCGCCAUGACAACGCAGCCUGCAGACGGAGAGCAGGAGAAGGUCUACAGCAACGACAUUCUGGCCAUGGUCUCACCUGAAGGAGAGAAGGUGGGCCUGGCUAAAGGUCUGAAGGCGCGUGGUAACGUAGAGGACUGGCUGGGGAAAGUAGAGGAAGCCAUGUUCUCUUCCCUCCGUCGCCUCAGCAAGGCCUCCAUCGCUGACUACCAGAGCAAAGAACGAGAGGAGUGGGUGGUGGCUGGACACCCCUCACAGGUGGUGCUAACCAUCAGUCAGUUGAUGUGGUGCAGAGACCUGGAUGGCUGUCUGGAGGGAGACCACGACCACUUCAUGGCCCUGCAGGACUUUGAAUAUGUCAACAUUGAUAGGCUGAAUGCCCUGGCAGCCCUGGUUCGAGGCCAGCUCCCCAACCUGCACCGUAACAUCAUCACAGCUCUCAUCACCGUAGACGUGCACGCCAGGGACAUUGUCACAGACCUCGUGGCCCGGAAGGUUGACUCCAGCAGUAACUUUGAGUGGCAGAGGCAGCUGCGUUACUACUGGGACUUGGAUCUAGAUAACUGUGUGGCCAGGAUGGCUCUGUCCACCUACAUCUAUGGAUAUGAAUACCUGGGGGCCUGCCCUCGCCUCGUCAUCACCCCACUCACGGAUCGUUGCUACCUGUGUCUGAUGGGGGCUCUUCAGUUAGACCUUGGUGGGGCUCCAGCAGGACCAGCUGGUACAGGGAAGACGGAGACCACUAAGGACCUGGCCAAGGCUCUGUCCAUCCAGUGUGUUGUCUUCAACUGUUCUGAUGGUCUGGACUACAAGAUGAUGGGGAAGUUCUUCAGUGGUCUGGCCCAAUCAGGGGCCUGGUGCUGUUUUGAUGAGUUUAACCGCAUCGACAUCGAGGUGCUGUCUGUCAUCGCCCAGCAACUCAUUACUAUCCGCAAUGCCAAGAUGGCCAAGCUGUCCAGGUUCAUGUUUGAGGGCAGAGAGAUCAAGCUGGUGAUGACAUGUGCUGCCUUCAUCACUAUGAACCCAGGCUACGCUGGACGCACUGAGCUCCCUGACAACCUCAAAGCCCUGUUCAGACCCAUAGCCAUGAUGGUGCCCAACUAUGCCCUGAUCGCUGAGGUGAUCCUCUACUCUGAGGGUUUUGAGUCCAGUAAGACGCUGGCCCGUAAGAUGACCCAGAUGUACAAGCUGUGUUCUGAGCAGCUUUCCCAACAGGACCACUACGACUUCGGCAUGAGGGCCGUCAAGUCUGUCCUCGUCAUGGCAGGCUCUCUGAAGAGAGAGAACCCCCACCUGAGUGAAGACGUGGUUCUGAUCAGGGCUCUGAGAGACUCCAAUCUGCCCAAGUUCCUCACAGACGAUGCCGCGCUCUUUGGUGGCAUCAUGUCUGACCUGUUCCCUGGCGUGUCCAUCCCUGAACAUGACUACGGUGUUCUCCAAACCACCAUCCUGGAGUCUCUAGUGAAACGCAACCUGCAGCCCCUACCCAGCAUGACCAACAAGGUGAUCCAGCUGUAUGAGACCAUGAUAGUACGUCACGGUGUGAUGUUGGUGGGUCCUACAGGUGGAGGGAAGACCACGGUCUACACCAUCCUGUCUGAUACCUUAGAUACCCUGUGGCAGGCUGGCCACGGGAAACACAACCCCUUCUACCUCCCUGUCAAGACAUACGUCCUCAACCCCAAGUCUGUCACCAUGGGAGAGCUCUACGGAGAGGUGAACAUAUUGACCCUGGAGUGGCGUGACGGCCUGAUGGCGCUCAGCGUGCGAGCGGCCUGCAACGACACCAGCGAUGACCACAAGUGGAUCGUGUCGGACGGUCCGGUGGACGCGCUGUGGAUCGAGAACAUGAACACGGUCCUGGACGAUAACAAGAUGCUGUGUCUGGCCAACAGCGAACGCAUCAAACUGACCCCGUCUAUACACAUGGUGUUUGAGGUCCAGGACUUAUCGGUGGCGUCCCCAGCCACGGUGAGUCGCUGUGGGAUGGUCUACAUCGACUCUAACGAACUCAAAUGGAUGCCCUAUGUCCAGACCUGGAUCACUGGCCUGGCUAAAAAGCUUCCUGAAGCGGUGUGUGUGUACCUGUUGGCGUUGUUUGAGCAGUACGUGGAGAAGGGUCUUCAGUUUGUGUGGAAGCGUUGUGUCCAGGCCAUGGGCCAAGUGGACAUCAGUAAGGUCACUACCCUCUGCUGCCUUUUGGAGGCGCUGCUGCUGGGAGACGGAAGACCAGACCUCAAGAUGGAAGCUAAGCACCUGAACAGUGUGUUGUGUCAGACGUUUGUGUUCUGCUACCUGUGGUCUGUGGGGGGUAACCUGACUGACAGCCACUGGGAUGCCUUCGACAGCUUCGUCAGACAACAGUUUGAGGACAAUAAUGACGCCAAGCUGCCCAGCUCGGGGGACCUGUGGAGUGUGUUCAUGGACUUCAACCACAAGCGUCUAGAGCCGUGGGAGAGGAUCAUCCCCUCCUUUAGGUACAACAAGGAACUGCCCUUCUUUGAGAUGUUGGUUCCCACCACCGACACGGUGCGUUAUGGCUUCCUGAUGGAGAAACUGCUGUCUGUAGGACACUCUGUUCUCUUCACCGGCAUCACCGGAGUAGGAAAGUCUGUGGUGGCCCGUGGUCUUCUGAACAGUGUCCAGGAGAAGGGAGGCUAUGUUCCCGUCUAUAUCAACUUCUCAGCCCAGACCACCUCGGCCAGAACACAGGAGAUGAUCGAGUCCAAACUGGAGAAGAAGAGGAAGAACAUUCUGG